UAUUCAUCAUCAUCACUUCCCCUUCUUCUUUCUUCUCUUAGCAACAGAAAAAAAAAAUUAAUGCUAUGAUUAAUCGCAUUAAUUUAUUUUAGUGUAAGAGUUCACAGUUCUUGAAUUAUUAAUGGGUAACGGAGUUACAAAAGCCAGCCAGUACUGUUUUGCCAAUGGUACCGCCGGUGAAAUAUCUCGCCGUCAUGAUGAUAUCGCCGUUAAAGGACUUGGCCAUUCAUUCUGUUAUGUAAAAGCAGACCAAGCUCGCAUAUCCAACUCCAAGAUUCAUCAUCAGUCUGAAGAAAUUACAACGUUUUAUUCUAUCUCUGGUGCUUCUGUAAGUGCCAACACUUCUUCUUCGUCAAAUUUAUCAUCCGACGUUUCAGUUCCUUACAGUUCUGGGUUGGAUGAAGCUUCGGCUUUCGAAAGCUCGGAUUCUUUUGCUUCCGUCCCACUUCAGCCCGUUCCUCGCGGCAGCGGACAGCUGCAGACUAUUUCAGGUCCUGCUGAACGAGGGUUCUUGUCAGGUCCUAUGGAACGAGGGUUCCUGUCGGGUCCGAUUGAACGCGGGUUUUUAUCGGCCCCGAUUGAUCGCGAUAUGUAUUCGGGUUUAGUCGAGAAGGAGAAGGAGAAGGAGAAGAGUAGUUGUAAGUUAGAGAAGAGUUUAUCUAGUGUUGGUUUUGAUGUUGAUCGUGUAACAGAAGUUAAAAAAAAUAAAAGAAAUGUAAUCAAGACUUUAAAACGAGCAAUAUCAGACACUAUUUCGAGAGGGAAAAGAUCGUUGACAGGUAAUAAAAAUGGUGAAAAUUCGAUCCGCGAGAGCUGUAAUUUGAGUUUUAACAAUGAUCCUGACGAAGAAGAAAGCAUUUUUUCGACGGAACAUGAUCGGAAUCUUCACUGGGCGCAAGGGAAAGCGGGCGAAGAUCGAGUUCAUAUAGUAAUAUCCGAGGAAAAUAAAUGGGUUUUUGUCGGAAUUUAUGAUGGAUUUAACGGUCCUGAUGCGCCUGAUUUUUUACUUUCUAAUCUUUAUACUAAUGUCAAUGAGGAGCUCAAGGGUUUACUAUGGAGUGAUCAGACUACAUCAAAUGAGAUUAAUCAUUAUGAUAUUCUGAAAGCGCUGUCGAAAGCAUUGAAAAAAACAGAGGAUGAAUUCUUUGAAAUUGCAGAUAAAAUGGCAGAAGAAAAACCAGAGUUGGCUUUAAUGGGUUCUUGUGUUUUGGUGAUGGUGAUGAAAGGAGAAGAUGUUUAUCUGAUGAACGUUGGAGAUAGUCGGGUCGUUUUGGCUCAGAAAUGCGAUACGGAUCUUCGAUUAAGGAAAGGAAAUCAAGACUUGGAGAUGAUCAGUGAAGAUAAUUUGCAUGAUCUUGAAUUUAUUAGCUUGAAUUCUAUUCAACUUACCAUGGAUCAUAGUACUUAUGUUCAUAAGGAAGUUCAAAGAAUCAAGAAAGAACAUCCUGAUGAUCCCUCUGCUGUCACCAAUGACAGAGUUAAAGGAUACUUGAAGGUUACGCGCGCUUUCGGAGUUGGCUUUCUCAAACAGGCAAAGUGGAACGAUUUGCUGUUAGAGAUGUUCCGAAUCGAUUAUGUUGGAGCAUCACCGUACGUAACCUGUUUUCCGUCGCUUUAUCACCAUAGACUAAAUUCAAGAGACAGAUUCUUGAUAUUGUCAUCGGAUGGGCUAUAUCAAUACUUCACAAAUGAAGAAGCUGUCUCUCAAGUUGAAUUAUUUAUUGCAGCCUUUCCUGAAGGAGACCCUGCUCAACAUCUAAUUGAAGAAGUUUUGUUUCGUGCAGCCAAACGAGCCGGUAUAGAUUUUCACGAAUUGCUUGAUAUACCACAAGGAGACCGGCGUAGGUACCACGAUGAUGUUUCCGUCAUCAUUAUAUCUUUGGAAGGAAGAAUAUGGCGUUCAUAUGUGUAAAUACACACCCAAUUUUAAAUAUAUGUGAAUCCAUCAAACGAUUGACAAAGUUUUCGGUUUUUCUUUUGUUCUUUUUUUUUUUCAUUUUUGGCCUUCGGAUGAUUAACAUACCAACUACACUCAUGUAUAGAGGGGGGGAAAGGGUUCGAUCGGGAUUCUCUUGUGUUCUGAUAGGUGUGAUAGAUCAUGUUAAGUUAAUCUACGUCUUAGUGCAAAACGUAUAAAUUAAUUUACAUAAUCUAAUUAUGUUAUUAGAAUACGAGAGGAUCUUAUUCCGGAAAAGGGAGUUUUUGUUGUAUUUACCAAGUUUCAAGAAACUGUAAAGGUAUUGAAAAUGUUUGAUCUGUACUAA